GUAUUUCGCUCACCUUGACGCAGCCGUUGCUCGACUGUUCCCUGAAAAAAAAAUCAUCGAUUACGGAGAGUUGCUGGAAAAAAUUGGAAGAAAAUAGGGUUUGGAGGCUAAUUACUUUUUUAUGCGUCGAGUUGGUUUGAAUACGAGUUUUUUCUGUCGGUAAAAUGGGAAACUGCCACACCGUUGGACCAAACGAGGCCCUUGUGGUUUCAGGUGGCUGCUGUGGCUCAGAUCAGAAGACAUAUGUAGUAGGAGGCUGGGCCUGGGCUUGGUGGCUCAUCUCUGACAUCCAGAGAAUGUCUCUGGAGGUUAUGACCAUCCUCUGUCGCUGUGAGAAUAUCGAAACUUCGGAGGGUGUUCCCCUGGAUGUGACAGGGGUGGCUCAGGUGAAGGUGAUGACAGAAAGUGAGCUGCUGGGUUACGCCUGCGAACAGUUCCUUGGGAAGUCUGUCGUCGAGAUCAAGAGUGUCAUCCUGCAGACCCUCGAGGGUCACCUGCGUGCCAUCCUUGGUACCCUGACUGUUGAACAGAUUUACCAGGACAGAGACAAAUUUGCCUCUCUGGUGCGAGAGGUGGCAGCUCCUGAUGUCGGCCGUAUGGGGAUCGAGAUCCUCAGCUUCACCAUUAAGGAUGUGUAUGAUAAAGUGGAGUACCUGAGCUCACUGGGAAAAACUCAGACAGCUGCAGUACAGAGGGAUGCAGACAUCGGAGUGGCAGAGGCAGAGAGAGAUGCUGGCAUCAGGGAAGCUGAAUGUAAGAAAGAAAUGAUGGACGUUAAGUUCUUAGCAGACACCAAAAUGGCUGACUCUAAACGAGAGCUGGAGAUGCAGAAAGCUUCCUUCAAUCAAGAAGUAAACACAAAGAAAGCAGAGGCUCAGCUGGCGUACGAGCUGCAGGCAGCCAAAGAGCAGCAGAAGAUCCGUCUGGAGGAGAUUGAGAUCGAGGUGGUGCAGAGGAAGAAGCAGAUCACUAUUGAGGAGAAGGAGAUCGAUCGUACGGACAAAGAGCUUAUCGCCACAGUGAAGAGACCUGCAGAGGCUGAAGCCUACAAGAUGCAGCAGCUGGCAGAGGGACAGAAAACAAAGAAAGUGCUGACGGCUCAGGCAGAAGCAGAAAAGAUCCGUUUUAUCGGUGAGGCCGAGGCCGCCUCCAUCGAAGCCGUGGGAAAAGCAGAAGCUGAGAAGAUGAGGCUGAAGGCUGAAGCUUACCAGCAGUACGGCGACGCUGCCAAGACGGCUCUGGUCCUGGAGGCUCUGCCCAAGAUCGCAGGUAAGGUGGCUGCUCCACUUUCAAGGACCAAUGAGAUCGUCAUCCUGAGUGGAGACAACAACCGUGUGACUGGAGAGGUGAACCGUCUAUUAGCUGAGCUCCCCGUGUCUGUCAACGCCCUCACUGGAGUGGAUCUGACCAAGAUCCCUCUGCUGCAGAAAAUGACUUCCCCACAGUGCCAAACAGCCAUGUGAUGAGCUCCACCGACUCCUCCGACAUAAAUCUGCCUCAAGCAUGAGAAUACGUUUGUUUUGUUUUCAGCCUCUGGCCCCUUAUGCAAACGGCCUUCGACCAGAAACACUUGACGCCAACUGAAAAGUUUUUAUAUUUUUAAGAGGUUUAUAAUUUUCUAAAGGAAAACAAGCUGGAGCCUAAAUAGUGAAGGACCAGACUGUGUCUAUCGCUUGUUGUUUUGUUUAUUGACAUAAUGAUUUUUAUCACGCUGCACUAGUUAGCCAGAAUUAUACUGUAUGCUGCAGUCCUGUUUAGUCCUUCCCAAACAGAUAUUAGAGUUUGGGGACUAAAGUCAAAAUUGACCCACUUUGAUGGCGUGUUUAAGAUUUUAUUUUGGAGAAUAAAAAUCCCCACAGCCUUCAGUACAGAAAAGAUCCCAAAACUGAGGACCGGUUUAACUAGUUUACUUCAGAGCUGAUUAAACAUCUGCCUGAAGUUUUGGAUGUCACCACUUCCUUUAUAUGUGUUACAAGUUUUAUGAAGCCAAGCAUCCCAGAUUUUUAUGACAAAAUGAUCUAUUUUCUAAGCUCAGAGCGCAUUUAGUGAAGCAGCAGCAGUCUGGGCAUGAUGUGAAUUAGGCAGCUUUUAUUUCCUCUUUGCUUUUUUGUCUUUUAACUCGGAGAACUUGUUGCUUUACCAAAACCUCUGUUCAGUUUCUGCUCACUAGAUCUCCGCUCACUGUGAUUGUAAGAUUUACAGUAUAUUACAUGAGACAUGUAUGCUAACUGUUACCUCGCGGUUUGUUGUCUGGUUGCCUGUCUCGUCAUUCAGAUGUGCAGUGCCUGUUCAACACUCAAGUGCCCAAACCUUCAGGACAGCGGUUUGGCUUCAGAUGGAUUUAUGUCUGAGUAUAUCUCUGUGUCAUUGAUGGAUGAUGUUUAGAUAUAGCUCCCUGCUCUCUUAAUACCUGCUUUUACUAACAAUAGUGUUAACCCCCCUCUUUUUGUCGUGUUUGGACUUAUAGGCAGAGUAAUAAAUGCAAAGCAAACUCAUAACACCAAGCCAUAGACUAGAUUAGCCUUAAAGACACUAUGGAUGCCUGUCAGGAUCUCUGAAUAUAUUCUUUAUUACUCAUGUAGCACAGGCGCAGAGCUUUGAGCUUCAGUUCCUCACCUCUCUUUUAUCAUAUAAGAUGAACAGUUACUCCUCCUCUUACUCAGAUAUAACAACUUAUUUCUCAUAUUUCCUUUUUUACUGUUUACUUUUUCAAGCUGUACAUAUUUUAUACCCUCAAAGAGUAUCCCUGCUCCUCUCUAGGUUGGAAGUUGCCACAACCAGUGUACGAUGACAAAGCAGAUUUUUUUGUUACAUGAAGUUGGUCCAUGACUUUUUGAUAUAAAGGAUUAGCAUGUGAUGUGGAAGGCUGCACAACACAUUGCGUUUGUGCCUGAGCAGUGAUCGGAUGGUAAGAGUAAUGUGGAGCAGGUUGACCAGCAAGUCUGACUGCUGUUGUGACAUGUUUGUGUUUUCUCAGAAUAAGAUGAUCUCAUUACCGCACAGUCUGUUACAGUCAGGUAUCAGUGUAAAGCAAGGGCCUAGAUGUUCAAAAGGUUUGAUCUGGACAAUUCAGAUUUAAAAAUCUUACUUCUAAGUUUAUCUUAACUUUCCAUCUGGAUUGGAUCAGUUUUACUCAGAUGCUGGCUAUUUACUCAGCCUGAAUCCAGUCCUCUGCUGGGAUAAAGAUGAUCAUGAUUCACAUAAAAGUAGCACCAAUCCUACUAAAAAGUUUUCAACAGAUUUUACUGUAUUUAAUAACUCUUUGAUCCUUUUGAUCAAUCUGGUUUUAAGAUGUGAUCCAAACCAGUCAAAAGACUUGAAUCUGAUGAGAUGCCUUUAAACAACUGGGCCUAAAUGACAGUAGAGAUGUGAGUACAUGGUGAGAAACAAAUUCCAGCCUCUAGAUGGCAGCAUCCUCAAGGAUUCAGACCCAAACUGAGCUACUCUUCAGAUGAGCCUUUUGUGUCAGGGUGAAGAGUCAAACUUCACUUGGACCUUUGUUUGACAGAGCUGAACUUAUCUCCUGAUGUGUUUUAAUCACAUCAUGAAUCAUAAACCACUUCAUACGAUCUAUGAGCUGAAAUAUUAUCAUCGCUGACAAUUAGGACGUUACUGUGGACUUGUACCACUCUUUUUAUUUCUGUGAAUAAAAUCGAGGCUUCUGGUUUGUUUGGAUUGAGCUAAUUUCUUUCAUAUUUGUCAGUUACUGUUGCACUUUUGUCCACAUCUGUCUCUUUUUUUUUUUUUCUCGGCAUUUUUUCACCUGCUGGAAACGUUGGCACUGCCUGGCUUUCUACAAAUGCCAUAUUUUACUUAAAUCAGAAAUCAGUCAUUUAAAUCACCUGAAAACAUCCUUAAUACACCUGUUUUACUCAGUUUAGAUCCUGAAUAUAGUCAAGAUGAAGACUUACAGAACCAUUUGAUUUUUUUCAUGUCAGAUAAAUCAGCUUGUUUCCAGAAUUUGCAGCAGAAAAUGGUUUAAAUAAACUUUGGGAUUAUACUCUUUCUAUGCUCUUGAUAUUGAGUAAAGUAGCUUUGUGUACGCAGUGCCUUUGGUAAUAAAACACCGGUUGGUCGUACUUUUACAUGCAGUUUGGUGACUGUAGUGAUCACACGUGGAGGUUGUGAUGGGAUAAUCAAACAUGACUUUAGAUGCAGACUAAUGUACGGAAUAUGUGGAUGUUUUACCUCUACAGUGUUCAGUUUUCCUCUUUCUAUGUCUGUUUAUGAACUUUAUGACACUCUGCACUUCACAUAUACAAGGGAACAGAUAUACAUAUAUAUAUAUAUAUUUACAUUACAGAUAUGAUUAUAAAUGUAGCUUUUCCUUUGAAAUCCAGACCUCUGAAUGCCUUUACAAUCAUCAUUUGGCCAUUGUAACGUGUGCCAACACUUUGAUUUGCAUCGAUUAAUCAUCAUAGAGAAAACUGUUAGUCAAAGUGGCAUUUUAGAGGAGAAUGUGGUUCAAGACCAAACACUUAACGAUCUAUGCCUUAACUCGUGUCUUCAUCCGUCGUCUGCCAUGGAAAUAAUCUGUAAUCUCCAUUUAAAGAUGUAUUGUGGAUUAAUCUUCUCAUGUAACACAGGCCUGUGGAGACCUGAUCCAGCAUGGCAUUUCAAGCAUGUGUUCAUGUUAUUCUGUGUGUGCCACCCUAUAAUAAAUGUUACACCACCUCC